UGACAAUAAUACUGACUUGGAAAACAUUAGACCAGAUUUUACGACUGGAUCGGUUUGAGUGGCCAACUCAAAUCAAAUGUUCAGAGACGUUACCGGAGACUCGACCUAAUCUAUCGUUAAAUGCUGUAAUAUUAGAAUCUAAAGGUGAGGCAUUAAUUGAAUUUAACCGGUUUUCCAAUUAUUCACGGCUUAUACGCUCUGUAGCUUAUGUGUUGAGAUUUAUUAAGUCAUGUCAGAAGCAGUAUCCUAAAACUAAUUAUUUGACACAGGAUGAGUUGGAAGAUGCACUCACUGUUGUCAUUCGUAGGUGUCAGUACGAAUCAUUUCCCGAGUAUGAACUACUUUUAAAUAAAAAGAGCUUACCUCAGAAGAGCGUCCUUUUAAAAUUUAAUGUUUAUUUAGAUGACAAAAAUAUAAUGCGAGUAGGAGGACGUCUCGAUAAUUCAGAUUUUUUAUAUAAUAAAAAACAUCCUUGUUUAUUACAGUCCACUCAUCAAUUUACUAAAUUAUUAUUUUAUUUUGAGCAUAAAAGGCUUAUGCACGCUGGCCCACAAUUAUUAUUAGCAUCGAUUAGGGAAUCUUAUUGGCCGAUAGGGGGCCGCAACUUGGCGAAGGCUUGUUAUCAUAAGUGCGUUCUGUGUCGGCGCAUGAAGGGUAAGGUGGUCGCACCUAUUAUGGGUAACUUACCGCAAGAACGGCUUCGUCCAGGUUAUCCCUUCGAGAGUACGGGCGUUGAUUAUGCCGGCCCUAUCUUGUGUGCCAGUCGUCAAGGCCGUGGAUGCAGGCUGGUAAAGGUGUACAUUGCCAUUUUUAUAUGUUUCACUACUAAAGCCAUUCAUUUGGAACUUGUUGGCGACUUAACUAGUAAAAGUUACUUACUGGCUUUGCAUCGAUUUAUUGCUCGUAGAGGAAAACCCGUUGAUAUCUUUUCCGACAACGGUACCUCAUUUGUCGGUGCAUACAACGAACUAUCUAAGUUUUUAAAAUCGAAUAGUUCGUCAUUGAGUGAGGAUGCAGCGAAAGAUGGAAUCAGAUUCCAUUUUAUACCCGCGUAUACCCCACAUUUCGGAGGACUCUGGGAGGCAGGUGUAAAGUCAACAAAGUACCACCUUAAUCGAGUGUUGGGAAAUUGUAAUUUGACAUUUGAAGAGCUUUACACCGCAUUAACUAAAAUUGAAGCCGUCCUGAAUUCUCGUCCACUGACGCCGCUAUCUUCCGAUCCUGCCGAUUACAGUCCGCUCACGCCAGGACAUUUUCUUGUUGGGCGACCUCUCACUUCCUUAAAGCAACCUGACUUCAGCGAUUACUCUGCCAACCGCCUAUCUCGCUUUCAACGCAUUGAGCAGCUGCGUCAGCAUUUCUGGCAUAGAUGGAGCAAAGAGUACAUUGCAGAAUUACAGCUGCGGGCCAAGUGGCGUUCCUCGAAGGAUGCAUUACGGGUGAACACAUUGGUCGUGAUAAAGGAAGAUAACCUUCCUCCUUUGAAGUGGAGCUUGGGACGGAUUGUGGCUGUCUACCCAGGGAAGGAUGGCAUCGCUCGAGUAGCUGACAUAAAGACCUCCACCGGAGUUGUUCGACGCGCAUUUAACAGGAUCUGCCCGCUGCCGGUGUCUUCGGAUUAAUUUGGUUGAAACCGUUGCUUUCAACGCCCGGGGGCAUGUUGAAGCGCCUAGCCGUUGCUUCAUAGCAACCUUUCCAACGGCCUAUUUAGGCUCGUAAUUUUAAGGAAGCAUAUUAAUGCACGUUAUGUCGUCACUUGCCUAUCAUCAUUUGCUCUGUUAACACCAAAAUUAUAUCUCUCCGUUGUUUGAGUAUU